AGCUGUCAAAGAGCAUUCAGUCUGAAGUGCAGGCACAAACAGGAUCUGUGUGUCUGUGUUUGCUUUCUGUGCCACUGCAGCUCCAGCCUAAACACAUUUUAGAGGACUUUGUGUUCUGCAAUAGAAGUAGCAAAGGAGGAAUAACAUAUCCUCUGAUACUUGGCUUUUUAUUUUGUUUCUCUUCUAUUUCCUCCUUCCUGCUUUAAUGCCCACGGUAGUGUGGACGGGGCCAGAGGAGGAUGGGUCCAGCUGUGGACGUUCAGGCAGCAAAAGCCAUGGAGGCAGAGCAAAAGCAGCAAAAGCAGCUCCAGCAGAGCUACAUGGAGAAAGGGGUGAUGCUUGAGCCCUUCCUACACCAGGUGGGGGGGCAUUGCUGUGUGCUGCGCCUCGGGGAGCAGACCAUCUGCAAACCCCUCAUCACACGGGAGCAUCAGUUCUACGAGAGUGUGCCUGCUGAAUUGAGGAAGUUUAUCCCCCAGUAUAGAGGGGUGGUGUCAGUCAGCUUCGAGGAGGAUGAGGAAGGGAACCUUUGCUUCAUUGCUUACCCCCUUCAGAGUGACCCGGCACCUGAUCUGGAGAACAAAGACCCCUCAGCCAACAUACAUUUGGGGAUGCUUAUAUGGGAGAAAAUGAUAGCAUCCUCGUCACUUGUGGACAGUGAAAAUUACAGCAAAGAUGGCCGAUGCCGCCUCUCUUGUAGUGACAAGGACAAAAGCGAUCAGAGGCUGAAGGAGAAGAUCGAGGUGCUCUGCUACAGACUGGACAGCAGUCACAGUAAUGCCGUACCGCAGCACACACACAACCCCUGGACACACACAAGGAAACAUCACCAGCUGCAGAAGUUGCAGCAGAGCGACAUGCACCGCAACAAAUACAGUAUCCUUUCACUGGCAGACAACUACGCUUUCUUUUUUGUCUUGCAACAUUCAAUAUAAUAGAAGGGGACAGGAUUGUUCAGAGUUUCCAGACCGAAAGAAACCUAAAAAAACUGCACCUGGGCUGCCCACUGACGGGACUUGCCUAUACAUGCGGGGUUGUAGAGAUGAUAG